UGUGUUCGUUGUCAUCGUCGUCGUUGUCGCGGUCGCUAUCAUCGCGACAGCAUCUCCGUCGUCGUUACGUUCGCGGUAUACGUUGCCGAUCGUGCGCGUCGCGCGUUACUCGUCGACGCCGUCCUGCCUGUCGUAAUCGUCGUCGACGACGGUGCGGUUAUCCACGCGUUUCACGACGCGACGAACAUUGUCGCGAUAUCGCGUUGUUCGGUGGCCGUCGCUGUCGUUGCCGCUUCCGUCAUCGCCGCCGCCGCCGUCGUCGCCGUGUGUAUCAGUUUCGUCAGUGAGAACAGAAGCACCUACGCGUCGCGAAGGAAAAUUCGUGGUUGGUGAAUCGUUGAACGGGGGGCAGCUCGGCUGCUCCUCGAGCGAAGCCGACCAGCAUCACGCGGAACACGGACCUGUCCGCGACGAGCACGAAGCCGUGGUCGAGGCCCGUAUCGAGUGACAACGGUCAAUUGUCAUGGACACGGUUGUUCCAGUGGUUGUGCACAGUGAAGUUGUUACCUAUGUACAUGGGCCAACGUACUCCGUGAGACGCGAAAGUUUACCCGAGUGACAGUGACGCUUGCGAAGAGCCGAUUCCUGGUGGCCGAUCCUGGAUCGACGCGAACCACCUCGUCGGCUGGUUCCGGCAGCCGAACGAGCUAGAAUCGGUACGAAGGAAAGAGGAAGGAGAGGUGAGUCUAAUAUGCGUUGACUCGUGACCGGUAACCCGAGUUCUUCGUAUCUCGUGGUAUCCACGUGGCGAGAACCGAGGUGAGAGCAGAGAGAAAGAGAGAGAAAGAGAGAGAAAGAGAGAGAGAGAGAGAGAGAUAGAGAGAUAGAGAGAAAGAGAGAAAAAAAGAGAGCGAAGAUUGAGGAGAUCUGGGAGGAACGGGCGAGGUGGAGUUUCCAGAGGAAAGGCAAUACCAAAACGGACGGAACGUGGUCGAUAAGACGGGGACGCGUGACUUUUGGAGCGCCGAUGGAUCACGGAGCGAUGGAUAGCGCUUCCGAUCACAGCAGCCGCGCCAGUCCCAUAACCGGCAGUCCUAAACAUCCGCACAGCCCGUCGGCUCAACAAAGUCAGCAACAGCUUCACGGGUCCCAGCAUCAACCGCCGCCGUCGCAUCAGCAGCCUCAUCCGCGGGAUCAGAUCCGCGAGCAACAAUCGCAACAGCAACAGCAUCGCGGCGUUCCCACGCCGGGAUCGCCGACCAGAGGCUCGCCACCUCAAGGACUUCCGUUGAGUCCACCGCCUCUUUCCGCCGGAGGAGCACCCGGUGCACCGCCAGGCAUGGUACCCCGUAUGCCAGGCCUACCGCCACCGGGUCUCGGGCUGCUGGGGCAACUCGGCGGCAUGCUCAGCGGUCAUCAUGGCUCGCCUCUCGAGCUUAUGGCUGCCCAUCACGCCGUUCUGCCUCCGAGAUCGUACAACAGUCCGCCACCGAUCAGUACCAGCGAUCCCACGGCGAACGAGUGCAAACUGGUCGAUUAUCGCGGGCAGAAGGUGGCCGCGUUCAUCAUCGCAGGGGACACGAUGCUCUGCCUGCCGCAGGCGUUCGAGCUCUUUCUCAAGCACCUCGUCGGUGGCCUGCACACCGUCUACACGAAGCUCAAGAGGCUCGAUAUAGUGCCGUUGGUGUGCAAUGUCGAACAGGUUAGGAUUCUGCGUGGACUCGGAGCCAUCCAACCGGGCGUCAAUCGAUGCAAACUGCUCAGCUGCAAGGACUUCGACAUACUGUACAGGGACUGCACCACGGCCAGCUCCAGGCCAGGAAGACCACCGAAGAGAGCUUCCGUCGGUCUGAGUCUCGCAGCCAGCCACCUGGCCGCGGCCACCGGUCACCACCCCCAGCAUUCGCUGAAGAAGCACAGGAUGGACAACGGGGAUUACUACGAGAACGGGCAUUUGGACGUGCCGAGGAUGGAGAAGUCGCCGCUGCUGGCGAACGGAUACAAUCACCCGCCCACGCAUCUCAGUCACAUGCAGUUCAUGCAACUGGGUGGACAUCCAGGUGCAGGACACACCGCCAUCCUAUCGCCGGCUAGUCUGCCGCAUCACCUGCAGGCUCAGGCCCAGGCGCGGGCCGAACAGGGUCUGAAGGUGAACCCGAACAUGUCGAACAUGGAAGCGCUCGCGAGGUCCGGGACGGUUUGGGAAAACUGCCGAGCCGCCUACGAAGAUAUCGUCAAACAUCUCGAAAGGCUCCGCGAGGAGAGAGGAGACGCCGAGAGGGCACUCGCGUUGGACCAAAAACCCAGGGAUCUGAGCUCGCACAAUGGUAAGAUAAAUACGCGACGAAUUGCCCCGACAGGUUCCUCGAACGGCCACAGUCCCGUGCUGAACCUGUCGAAGACGGCGGGAAGCGGAAGCGUGGGCGAGCAUUCCGGAAGCGAGGCAGAGGCGUCCCACCGUUCGCAAGACGACGAGGAGGAGGACGACAAUCUGUCCGAGGACCUGGACGACGACAACGAGAAGGACGAAGCCGAGUUGAAGAUGGACGUUCUCCGGGAGAGGGAGGUUAAGGACAGCCUCGAGCGACAACUCCAGGACGAGCAGAAGGUUCGAGUGAUGUACCAGAAACGGUUAAAGAAGGAACGGAGGGCACGGAAACGCCUGCAGGAACAACUGGACUUGGAGAUCAAGAGGCGCACGCAGCUCGAGGAGGCGUUGAAGGCAACGGGGGCUUCCUCCGAGCAAGUCAGAGCGAUUACCGAGUCGCUGGUGCAGGAGCUCGAGCUGGAGAGAAAGUCGCGGCAGCAUCAGGCGGCCGAGAGGGACCAAGUGAAGUCUCCUCUUCAAGAAUCCCGAACGGGUUACUACAAGAACUCCGUUCUGUUCACGAGCGCAACCUAGAAGAGGCUGGAGGACGGCAGAAGAGGGGCAGCAGAGCGCGUAGCAGCGAGCAGCCAACAAAACGAGUGAUCGCGAUCGAUCGGGGAAACGGGGGAGAGAGAGAGAGAGAGAGAGGGAGAGAGUACGCGAGAGCGAGCGUGAGAGAAAGAGAGAGAGAGAGGGGGGGAGAGGUGGAAAGAGGAUGGAAGCGAGCGAAACGCGAGGAAACUCUCGGACUCUUGGUCGUAGCUUGUUCGCGCGUGACGACCCGAUUACGGCGCGCGAGACAGUGGCCACUCGGGGUUACGCGGAUCGCGAACGGACGAGGACGCACGGAGGAGAGAGUGCGCGCGACGAGUGGAGUGGAGUGGAGCGUGUGACACGGAGCGGAGACACGCGCGUGGAAGAGAAGAAACGAAGACGACUCGUCGUUUUUUCGGUGUGGCCCCCCUCUCGGGGGCCGGAGCUCGCGCGAGCGGCGAGGAGUGGAAACACAUAUCAACGAGGCACGAGGCGCAUUCGUUCGGUCGUUUCUCGGCGACGCGAGUUACGCGAGUAGAGCCGGCACGUGUCGCGAUCGCGGUGCUUUUCGCCGAGAGUCGUUGGCCAGAAACGCGUAGCGUACGCUCGCGUACACCGCGUCCAAGGAUAUAUCGAUUUACGACAGGGACAGUGGAAACCGCGCGUGACUCUCGCGUUUCGCGUACGCGAGCGAGAGCGAGCGUGACGAGGAGGAGGAAAUGGCGGAGGAGGAGGAUGAAAGCACGAGGCACGGAUACCGUUUCGAAUCCGGGAGAGAAAGAGACGAGAGAAUAUUUCUAAAGACUGCUUGAGAGUGCGUGCGCGCGUGCAUGCGUUCCUAGAGGUACCUAUCUCCUAAUUAUCGAGCGACUUCAAUUAGCUAAUCUCGUGUUAAGCUGUACGGACGAUCGGGCGCACCGUCUCGGUUUCGAGUAUUAUUAUCGUUAUUAUUAAUAUUAUUUCCCCGUCGGCGGUGCAGCACGAUGGCGCCCGGUCGUCGACGGGCGCGAUGGCGAAGAGGAAUAGGAAGCGGACGCGCCGAAGGUAACCCUCGCCGAGGAGGGCUCGCUUGGCCGCGGUGACCGGCCAACCGUCGCGCCGCUUUUCCGUUUUUCCUAUCAUCGGACGACGGACCGUGCAAAACGCGACUCGUCCUCAGCCGGGGGGCACGGAUUACGCGCGGCACCGUGAUAUACGAGUCGAAGUUCGAGGAGUUUCGCGGACCAGCCGCGACUCGAUUAUUCUGUAUCAUAUAGAGCGAGAGGAAGCUGUGUGAAUGUGCGUCAUUGGCGAAGAGAGAGAGAGAGAGAGAGAGAGGAGGGUAGCGAGGAUUCGCGUUAUCGAAGCUGGAUUAGCGUUAGAACGAUAGAAAAUACGCUUCGAUCGAGAUCGGAGACGAGAGCAGCACUGAAUGCGUGUACGAGAGCGAGAGCGAGAGAGAGAGAGAGAGAGAGAGAGAGAGAGAUAAAAGUGGAGAAACAUCGGAGUAUUCUCCCGUGCGUUUUAAA